GUUUUAUUAGACUUGUUUUGGUGCAUUAGACUGUUCAACUCACGCACCAUCAUCAUCAUGCUGCAUGGUAAGCUCGACGUUGGCACUUUUCCUGGCGCUGAACCAUGCGUGGCAGGUGCCCGGGCACUGGCUGUGCGAUGGCAUGGCCUGCCCCAGCAACUACUCCGUCUACGCGCAGCAGCGCUCCGGCCUGGAUAUCUACGCCUCGGGCAACUGCUUCACGCACAUCAAGCGCCAGUGCAGCGCAAAAAUAACGGCAUGCUGGGGGAUAUGUGUACGCCAUCACUGGGGAAGCUGUACGUGGGUAACAUGGUGAUGUCGGGUAGCAUGUUCGCGGGCGUGAACGAGAAAUUAGCCUUCAUCUGGGAACCCGUGAUCAACCAAAUCACUGGCGCCACGGACUGGGGACACGUGAGCCCAACCACCCCCCGUUGCGGCAGGUACUUCAUUAUCAAGAAGGAGAAGGAAGCGGCAAACGUAGUAUGCCAACUAUGGGAGAUAAGAUGUUCAGGUCUAUACACAGAAACCACGAGACUUGGGCUAACAAAAGGACUACAAAGAUCACUAUAUGACUCGGUCAAUAUCCGUUAUACAAUAUGGCUUCAACGGCAGCGGCAGAUGUGCUAACGGUAAUGUCUCUCUCUCUCAAGUAGUGUGGUUGUAGUAACAUGUCUCUCUCUCUUCUCUAGUAAGGUUCAGAGACCGCCCACCAGUCACAUUCCUUCAGACUGUCAACGAUGCCAAGUCUUCACAUUGUCUUCCGCUUCAUCUUUACUAUGGAAUGAGACUUCCAGCGUGCGUCUCGUCUAGGGUGGCAGCCUUGAGGGAUGAGGCGAUGUAGAGGCGACGGCAACAGCUCAUCUUCUCACGGAGGACGAGUCUGGAAGAGAGCUCAGGGGAGGACCGGAUGCUGCAGGUUGUUAGUCCGUCACUGAAGCUCUGAGUGUUGUGGCAAUUUGUAGCUCUGGCUAGUUUUCAUUAUGGAUAACUGUCUUCACUUCAAUACUCUCAACCCAAAAAAUAAAACCCUUCCAACUGAAUACAUAUUCAUUAGUUUAACCAAUUUAUUAUAGUCUCUUAUUUUAUGACGACCAUACAUUUUUAAGACCCCAUCUGUUAGGUCCGAAAAUGUAAGCGUUUGACAAUAUUCUGCACCUUAAUAUUCAACUUAUUUUAAUUUGCAUACAAUGGAAUGCAUUCCGCCGUUUGCAGCAAACGGGUUGAAAGGGAAUUGAUAUUUAAUUCAAUAUCGAUAUCAUGGAUUUAUAAAGCUAUUAGUUACUCCCUUCAAUAAGUUGAUUUUGGAAGUACUUGAGGCUGAGUUGGGCUGGGCAGAAAACCGGAUGCACCGAUUGUUUUGAUUUAGCGGGUAAUAAAUUGAAUUUGUAUUUAUGAUGGUAGUUGAGUUUUCAAAGCUAUUUUCAAAGAAAGCUAUGAGUUUCUUUUGUGAAUAUUUUUCAAAUAGCACUGAGGCUGACUACAGAAUUCGAAGUGCGUAGAAGUCUUCACUACGAAAUUCCAUCAAAAGGGUGGAAGUCAUUGUUCGUUUUUACGUCCAAUCAAUGAAUCGAGUCGAGCGAUUACUACCUUCCCUGAUUACCUUAUGAAAUAUUCGACAAAUGAGAUGGCACCAACUCACUCAUGAACUUUAGCGCUAUUACUCGAUGUGUGAUGUUUACUUGCUAGUUUCGGCAGCUGUCAGUCUUGCCUCGUUUGCGCUGGUGUACGCGUGACAGAGAAACGUUCAGCUCUGGUGAGUUGCGUACAUGCCAAAUAUUUGCAUUUAUAUGGUAGCAUAUGGGAUGCAAAAAUUUCAAACCAUUAGAGUUAAUGAGUUGCACAAUUUCCCACUGAGACUUGUCUCUGAUGCGGCGACCUUCUGAAGGUAAAUCUUGUAAUUGCUUCAAGUAUAUA